CGGCCAGGGCAGCUGUUUCGUUUCAGGGGUGCCCAGAGCUACCUAAAAUGCACCCACAGCCAGGGAAACACGCUUGCGCCACCUGAAGCUGAAAAAACAAGGCUGGGACGCUCGCCCAGCGGCCCCCUAAACCGAACCCUCCAGACCUGACCCACCUUCGCGUAGUGCCGGUCCACUCACCAAUCAGAGGGAGGCUUGAACACCGGGGCGGGACAACAAGAGGAUCAUGUCCAAUGAGGAGUCGGCUCCCGGUCGCCUCAGGUCUGAGUGUUUCAGAAUCCUUACUGGAGAAUUGAGAGGAGGUGAUGGGCUUGGCCAAUCAGAUGGGGUGACUCAACAUUUGUGACCGGCAGCCAAUCGCAAGGGCGGUCGCAUCCGACUCGCCGCGCCCACGCUUCCCGCGUUUCCCCUAACCCUAGAGUCGCCGGCCGGUUUGCCACUGAAGUUGGGACGCUCGCAGUCCUCUCCUCACGGUCUUGCCGCAGACACCGCUGCAGUGCAGGUGUCUGGGUGGAGCAUGGCGAAUUCGGGCUGUGAGGACCUCCGGGGCCAGGAGGGGGAGAGUUUUCUGUACUUCGCCUACGGUAGCAAUCUGCUGACCGAGCGGAUCCACCUCCGAAACCCGUCAGCCGUGUUCUGCUGCGUGGCCCGCCUGCAGGAUUUUAAGCUUGACUUUGGCAAUUCCCAAGGCAAAACAAGUGAAACUUGGCAUGGAGGUAUAGCCACCAUUUUUCAAAGUCCUGGCGAUGAAGUAUGGGGAGUAGUAUGGAAAAUGAACAAAAGCAAUUUAAGUUCUCUGGAUGAGCAAGAAGGAGUUAAAAGUGGAACAUAUGUCCCAAUAGAAGUUAAUGUUUAUACUCAAGAAGGAAAAGAAAUAACUUGUCGAAGUUAUCAGAUGAAAAAUUAUGAGAGUGCUCCCCCAUCUCCCCAGUAUAAAAAGGUCAUUUGCCUAGGUGCAAAAGAAAAUAGUUUGCCACUGGAGUAUCAAAAGAAGUUAAAUGCAAUAGAACCAAAUGACUACAAAGGAGAAGUCUCAGAAGAAAUUGAAGACAUUAUCAAAAAGGGAGAAACAAAAACUCACUAGAACAUAACAGAAUAGAUCUACAGAUAUUUUCUGUAUGUGCUAAUAUAUUUUUAACGUUUAGAACAGGAAUCUGAGGUAUCUCUGUGUUCAACAGUGCUCUGAAAGGAUAUCUUACUAAGGUGAUUCCUUGUUUUCAGACUAUAAAAAGAAACUAGGUUAGGAAUUAGAUGAUUGAAAAGGGGGCCGGGAGGCACUGGAAUGCAUGACAAAUGGAUGCAGGUACUCCUAUGAACAAAGUUAUUUUCUGCAUUUGAGUGUAUCCUUGCUCUGUGACAAAGGAGAGAUUUGCAAUUUAAUGAUCGUGCUGGUGAAUUGCUCUGCUCUGGGAUUUUUUUUUAUCAGCUUAGUAAAGAGCGAGCAAACUGCAGAGACAGCUGAUGAUAAUUUUUUUUUUUUUAAUUUAAAAGUGGCAUACUGUUCGUAGAGAAAUAAAUGUAUUUGUGGUUGAACCUGUA